GACAGACAGCCGGAGCUCCACACACACACACACACACACACACACACACAGCCUCCUGCAGCCCCACCGCCCCCGCCAUGGCCGCGUCCGCCGUGUCCGUCUGCUCCAGCGACCUGAGCUAUGACAGCCGCGUCUGCCUGCCCGGAUCCUCGGAUUCCUGCCCCGACUCCUCCUGGCAGGUGGACGACUGCCCAGAGAGCUGCUGCGAGCCCCCGUGCUGCGCCCCGGCCCCCUGCCUGACCCUCCUGUGCGGCCCUUCCUCCCCCUGCCAGGGAGACUGCUGCACCCCUGCGUGCUGCAAGCCCGUCUGCUGCACCCCUGUGUGCUGUGAAGACUCCCCCUGCACAACCUCUUCCUGCUGCCAGCCCAGCCCCUGCUGCAGACCCUCCUCCUGCGUGUCCCUGCUCUGCCGCCCCGUGUGCAGACCCGCCUGCUGCACCCCUGUGUGCUGUAAGCCCGUCUGCUGCACCCCUGUCUGCUGCAAACCCGUCUGCUGCACCCCUGUGUGCUGUGAGGACUCCCCCUGCACAACCUCUUCAUGCUGCCAGCCGUCCUGUGGCCCCUCCUCCCCCUGCCAGGGAGACUGCUGCACCCCUGCGUGCUGCAAGCCCGUCUGCUGCACCCCUGUCUGCUGCAAGCCUGUCUGCUGCACUCCUGUCUGCUGCAAACCCGUCUGCUGCACCCCUGUCUGCUGCAAGCCUGUCUGCUGCACUCCUGUCUGCUGCAAACCCGUCUGCUGCACCCCUGUCUGCUGCAAGGAUUCCCCCUGCUCAGCCCCCUCCUGCUGCCAGCCCAGCCCCUGCUGCAGACCCUCCUCCAGUGUAUCCCUGCUCUGCCGCCCCGCGUGCCCCCGCCCCGCCUGCUGCGCCCCUGCCUCCUCCUGCUGCCGCCCGGCCUCCUGCGUGUCCCUGCUCUGCCGCCCCGCGUGCCCCCGCCCUGCCUGCUGCGGCCCUGUCUCGGGCCAGCCCUGCUGCUGACCGGCUCCAGCUUCUGCCUCUAGAGCACAGACGUCCUCUCUCAGGAGCCCCGGAACCCCUCUGGGGGCGCCAGGACACCCCCCCUGCCCCUCGGUGGACGCACAGCUGCUGCCUCCCGGGGAUCCGGACAUGCCCGGCUUCCCUUUCUGCAAAGACAGGUCCCUCAACGGGGUGGGGGGGCUGCUGCACCCUGGAGCCCUCCCCUGCAGGGUUGGUUGCUCUCAUUCCGGGUGACAAAGGCCACUGCUAUCAUCAAUAAAAUGUCUGGAUCAUGAAACAGA